GUGUAAAUGUUUAGGCUCUCCAAGCAGGCUGGAGAAAAUCGGGUCACUCUAAUGGAUGGAGGUGGCAUUUAGGAUGACCGCUCUGACAGGUUCGGCAUUUAACAGUUGAUGUGGCCAGCGUGGAUGGUGAUCACUUGAGGGUGUCUGGUAGAGAGAGUCAUUGCCCAGGUCAAGAAAUGAGAACACUGCCAGCACUUCAAAUGGUGUUCUGUGAGCCCCAUUCCAAUUACUUCCUCACACCCAAGGUCCUGACUCUCCAUGGGCAAUAGAAUUAUGUGAAGCAGGAGGAAGUUGCAGGGUUGGGUAUCAGCAUUUCUGGACACACACCUGGCUGCAGACAGAAUUUCUGGACAGAAAUUUAGAGCAGACCCAGAACACACCACGACAGAGCCUACCUUUGCCAAAUCUUUGCAGAGAACAGAAGAAAAUGCUCCAGACUCAGGAAUCCUUGACAUUUCAUGAUGUGGCCGUGGACUUUACCUUGGAGGAGUGGCAGCUCCUGGACUCUGAUCAGAAGGACCUCUACAGGGAUGUGAUGUUGGAGAACUACAGCAACCUAGUGUCAGUGGGUUAUGAAUCCAGCAAUCCAGACGUAUUCUCCAAGUUGGAUCAUGGAGAAGCACCAUGGACAAAGGAAGGUGAAAUUCACUGUGGAAACCAUUCAGAAAUCUGGAAACUUGAUGAUCAUCUGCCAGAGCACUUACAAAAUGAAAGCAUGGACAAUACCCUAGAACAAUGGCACAGAUGUAAUACAUUUGAAAAUACUGUCCAUCAGAGCAGAACCUGUUCUCUGUUACAUAAAAAGUGGAUGUUUAUCUCACAUGGAGAAAGUAUGAAAUCAAAUCUAUCUUUACUUAACCAGACUAGAAGCCGUGAAAUUAAGACUCCCACUGAGCUUUCUGGAGAUGGGAAAUCCUUUCUCCAUGCUAAAAGUGAACAUUUUCAGGCUGAAAUGAAAUUCCCCCCAAAUCAAAAACUCAUCAGCACUAAGUCCCAACUCAUCAAACAUCAGAAACCUCAGAAAAGAGAGAAGCCACAUGUAUGUGGUGAAUGUGGAAAAUCCUUCGUGAAGAAGUCUUGGCUCACUGAUCAUCAGAUCGUUCAUACAGGUGAGAAGCCCCAUCAGUGUAGUCUGUGUGGGAAAGCCUUCUCUAGAAAAUUCAUGCUCACUGAACACCAGAGAACACACACAGGAGAGAAACCUUAUAAAUGCUCUGAAUGUGGUAAAGCCUUUCUCAAGAAAUCACGGCUGAAUAUACACCAAAAAACACACACAGGAGAGAAACCCUUCAUAUGCAGUGAUUGUGGGAAAGGCUUCAUCCAGAAGGGCAAUCUCAUUGUACAUCGGCGAAUUCACACAGGCGAGAAACCUUAUAUAUGCAAUGAAUGUGGCAAAGGCUUCAUUCAGAAGACAUGCCUCAUAGCACAUCAGAGAUUUCACACAGGAAAGACACCCUUUGUGUGCAGUGAAUGUGGAAAAUCCUGCUCCCAGAAGUCAGGUCUCAUUAAACAUCAAAGAAUUCACACUGGAGAGAAACCCUUUGAAUGCAGUGACUGUGGAAAAGCCUUCACCACUAAGCAGAAGCUCAUUGUCCAUCAAAGAACUCAUACAGGAGAGAGACCCUAUUCCUGCAACGAGUGUGGGAAAGCUUUUGCCUACAUGUCGUGCCUUGUGAAACAUAAAAGAAUACACACAAGAGAGAAAUGUAGUGAUUCAGUCAAGGUGGACAAUCCUCUCACAGAAAGUCUCAGCUCAUCACUGACCAGUGUGGUCCUGCAAGAGAAAAACUUUGUUAAUACAGUGGCUAUGCAGGUGCCUUCUGUGGCCCCUCAGACAGCAUUAAAUGUCAGUGGGCUCCUAGCAAACAGAAAUGUAGUCAUAGUGGGCCAGCCUGUGGCCAGACGUGCGCCCUCAGGAGGAUUUGCACAGGAUAGAAACCUUAUGAAUGCAGUGAGUAAGGACUCACCUUCAGUCAUCAAUUACAUGUUAUUUUAUGUCACAGGAAACCAAUAGGAAUAUACUCAGACAUUCUGUGUGUAAAGAUUUGAUCAAAACUUUCUACCUCAGGUUAUGGUUGAAAAGUAUAUCCUGAGAGAAAUUGUAUAAAUGCUGAGAAUGGGAAGUCAUUAUGCCUCUAUGCAUUGACACAGAGGCAUAAUUGGCUGUUAACCCAGACACAUACAUCAGUUGGCCUGUUGUGUCAGUUAAAGGAAUGAAUGAAGCUAUGUGGAAGCAAUAAUUGAAUUUUUAAAAUAUAAACAGAAUUGAUAUCUGGAAUGUUGAUAUGAGUAAA